UCCCGUGAGGCCGCGGCCCCGCGGUCCCGCACCUGCUGGACCGCGAGCCCGGGCCGACUGGUGUGCCGGGGACACCCAGCCCGUGCGCCCUCGCCACGCCGCAGCCAGACACACACGCUCUCCCCAUCGCCCGGAGCGCGCCAGGAACCUCCCCGCCUCCGAAAGCCUGGCGGCCGGGCCUUGGAAGCAAGCGGGGCCAGAGUUCUGUCCCACCUGCUUGCCAGCUCAGGCCUAGACCGCGGCGGUCCCUCCGGAUACAGCGGCUGCACGGAAAACCCGGAGCGGAGGCCCGACCACCCCUCCAGUGGGGCGGCUCGGCGGACUGAGCAUGCGCAAUGCGCCAGGCCGGCUCCCAGCGCCAAAAGAAAGCGUUCGCUUUGAACCCGGCGACUGCGCCGGGGUAUGCGGUAUCUGCUAGCGUGGCUGCUGCACCCCACGCUGCCCGGCACCUUGCGCUGCAUCCUCGGCGCUGGCCUGUCGUCCCCGGAGCGUCUGUGUGGUUUCCAAAAAAAGACUUACAGCAAAAUGAGUAAUCCUGCUAUCCAGAGAAUAGAAGACCAAAUUGUCAAAUCUCCUGAAGAUAAAAGAGAGUAUCGGGGACUGGAACUGGCCAAUGGUAUCAAAGUGCUCCUCAUCAGUGACCCCACCACGGACAAGUCGUCAGCUGCACUUGAUGUGCACAUAGGUUCAUUGUCAGAUCCUCCAAAUAUUGCUGGCUUAAGUCACUUUUGUGAACAUAUGCUUUUUUUGGGAACUAAGAAAUAUCCUAAAGAAAAUGAAUACAGCCAGUUUCUCAGUGAGCAUGCCGGAAGUUCAAAUGCCUUUACUAGUGGAGAGCAUACCAAUUACUAUUUUGAUGUUUCCCAUGAACACUUGGAAGGUGCCCUGGACAGGUUUGCUCAGUUUUUCCUAUGCCCCUUGUUUGAUGCAAGUUGUAAAGACCGAGAGGUGAAUGCAGUGGAUUCAGAACAUGAGAAGAAUGUGAUGAAUGAUGCCUGGAGACUCUUCCAGUUGGAAAAAGCUACAGGGAAUCCCAAACACCCCUUCAGCAAAUUUGGGACAGGUAACAAAUAUACUCUAGAGACUCGACCCAACCAAGAAGGCAUUGAUGUAAGAGAUGAACUACUGAAAUUUCAUUCUACUUACUAUUCAUCCAAUUUGAUGGCGAUUUGUGUUUUAGGUCGAGAAACCUUAGAUGACUUGACUAAUUUGGUGGUAAAGUUGUUUUCUGAAGUAGAGAAUAAAAAUGUCCCAUUGCCAGAAUUUCCUGAGCACCCUUUUCAAGAAGAACAUCUUAGACAACUUUAUAAAAUAGUACCCAUUAAGGAUAUUAGGAAUCUUUAUGUGACGUUCCCCAUACCAGAUCUUCAGCAAUACUACAAAUCAAAUCCUGGUCAUUAUCUUGGUCAUCUGAUUGGGCACGAAGGUCCCGGAAGCCUGUUAUCAGAACUCAAAUCAAAGGGCUGGGUAAAUACUCUGGUUGGUGGACAGAAGGAAGGAGCCCGAGGUUUUAUGUUUUUUAUCAUUAAUGUGGACUUAACUGAAGAGGGGUUAUUACAUGUUGAAGAUAUAAUUUUGCACAUGUUUCAAUACAUUCAGAAGUUACGUGCAGAAGGACCUCAAGAAUGGGUUUUCCAAGAGUGCAAGGACUUGAAUGCUGUUGCUUUUAGGUUUAAAGAUAAAGAGAGGCCACGAGGCUAUACAUCUAAGAUCGCAGGAAAAUUGCAUUAUUAUCCCCUAAAUGGAGUACUCACAGCUGAGUAUUUACUGGAAGAAUUUAGACCUGACUUAAUAGACAUGGUCCUUGAUAAACUCAGGCCAGAAAAUGUCCGGGUUGCAAUAGUUUCCAAAUCAUUUGAAGGAAAAACCGACCGCACAGAACAAUGGUAUGGAACCCAGUACAAACAAGAAGCAAUACCAGAUGAAGUCAUUCAGAAAUGGCAAAAUGCUGACCUGAAUGGGAAAUUCAAGCUUCCAACAAAGAAUGAAUUUAUUCCUACAAAUUUUGAGAUUUUAUCAUUAGAAAAAGAUGCAACACCAUACCCUGCUCUUAUUAAGGAUACAGCUAUGAGCAAGCUAUGGUUCAAACAAGAUGAUAAGUUUUUCUUGCCAAAAGCUUGUCUCAACUUCGAAUUUUUCAGUCGCUACAUUUAUGCUGAUCCUCUCCAUUGCAACAUGACAUACCUGUUUAUCAGGUUAUUGAAGGAUGAUUUAAAAGAGUAUACAUAUGCAGCACGCCUGUCAGGUUUGAGCUAUACCAUUGCAUCAGGAAUGAAUGCAAUUCUUCUCUCAGUGAAAGGUUAUAAUGACAAACAGCCAAUUUUGCUAAAGAAGAUUACUGAAAAAAUGGCUACCUUUGAGAUUGACAAAAAAAGAUUUGAAAUUAUCAAAGAGGCGUAUAUGCGAUCUCUUAAUAAUUUCCGGGCUGAACAGCCUCACCAGCAUGCUAUGUACUACCUCCGCUUGCUAAUGACUGAAGUGGCCUGGACUAAAGAUGAGUUAAAAGAAGCCCUAGAUGAUGUUACCCUCCCCCGUCUUAAGGCCUUCAUACCUCAGCUACUGUCACGACUGCACAUUGAAGCCCUUCUCCAUGGAAAUAUAACUAAGCAGGCCGCAUUAGGAAUUAUGCAGAUGGUUGAAGACACCCUUAUUGAACAUGCGCACACCAAACCUCUCCUUCCAAGUCAGCUGGUUCGGUACAGAGAAGUUCAGCUCCCUGACAGGGGAUGGUUUGUCUAUCAGCAGAGGAAUGAAGUGCACAAUAACUGUGGCAUUGAGAUCUACUACCAGACAGACAUGCAGAGCACCUCGGAGAACAUGUUCCUCGAGCUGUUCUGUCAGAUCAUCUCUGAGCCUUGCUUCAACACCCUUCGCACCAAGGAGCAGCUGGGCUAUAUUGUCUUCAGUGGGCCUCGUCGAGCCAAUGGCAUACAGGGCUUGCGAUUCAUCAUCCAGUCAGAAAAACCACCUCACUACCUGGAAAGCAGAGUGGAAGCUUUCCUACUUACUAUGGAAAAGUCCAUAGAGGACAUGACAGAAGAGGCGUUCCAAAAACACAUUCAAGCAUUAGCAAUUCGGCGACUUGACAAACCAAAGAAACUGUCUGCAGAGUGUGCUAAAUACUGGGGAGAAAUCAUCUCCCAGCAGUACAAUUAUGACAGAGAUAACAUCGAAGUUGCAUAUUUAAAAACACUUACCAAGGAAGAUAUCAUCAAAUUCUACAAGGAAAUGCUGGCAGUGGACGCACCGAGGAGACAUAAGGUAUCCGUUCACGUUCUUGCCAGGGAAAUGGAUUCUUGUCCUGUUGUUGGAGAAUUCCCAUGUCAGAAUGAUAUAAAUUUAUCACAAGCACCUGCCUUGCCACAACCUGAAGUGAUCCAGAACAUGACUGAGUUCAAACGUGGCUUGCCACUGUUUCCCCUUGUGAAACCACACAUUAACUUCAUGGCUGCAAAACUCUGAAGAUCCCACACUGGGAAGCAUCAGCGGACAUUUUUCUGUGUCUUCCAAGGCCUGAGAGAACAGGCUCAGCCACUUGAGUGGUUUCUGGUUCACUGUUAGACAGACAGACAGAAAUGAAUUAUCAGACAUUAUGUAGAAAUGUUAAAAUCCAAAGUAAUAAAAUUAUAAAAUCUUAUAGGUGUAGAAUAUUUUUUAAAUACAUGCCUCUUAAAUAUCUUAAUUUUCUCCCCUUUUCGUUCCUAAGAGAAAUUCCCUUAUAUAACUACUUAAGAUAAUGAUGUCCCAAUAGGCUCUUUCCUCCUUAUUCUGUAAAAUAGUCAUUUGUCUGAAGAAAGUAAAUGUUAGCUUUUUUCAAAAAGGCAUCAAACAUUUAGAAAGGUAUUACCAUUUAAAAAGCUGAUCCUCAAAUUUGCUUUCUAUUUGAUUGUUUCAUGUAAAUCAAUGGAGAAUAUUACAUUUGGCAGGUGACACACAAAGCAGUGUCAUUUUCUUUUAUUAGUGAAAUUGCUGAUUAUAUAAGGCAUGGUUUUAAUCUUUUUAUAAAAUUUGAAUAUUGUUUUUUAAUCUACCUAGUAAAAUGCUGGAAAACCCUAGAAUACCCUUAUUUACAGUGCUAUAAAUACAGAUUAACCUUACAUCAAUUUUGACCCAAAUGGAAUUUCUCAGGAUAACUGUGGGUUUUUUCUCAUUGAAUUCCAUUGACAUUUUUGUUGUUCAUAGUUGGUUUGCAGUGUUCCAUCAGCAGAUAUGUGCUGCUGUAUUGAAUGAGAGACAUGCUGUUGUAACAUCAGCUAUUGUAGCUACCCAUAACCUUACUAAAAUUUAAAUUGCGAUGAGUGUGUGAACUAAAACAUUUGCCCUUUAGAUAUUUAAAAGGCAACAAAUACAAAGCCCCCUCUCUGGAGAUAUAAACAAAUAAAAUGUUGUAUUCUUAAAUACCAAGUCUCCGUAAGACUCUAAAAUCCCUGUUGCUGCCAGUCUAAUCUUGCCUUAAGUGUUAUUUUUUGAAUAUAUGAAUAUAAGCAUACAGAUGAUGACUGGAGUGGACUUUUAAAAAUAUUUUUUUCACAAGAUACUAUUUUAGGAGAAAAUGUUACUGUAGAUUUAACAGCUGUUUUAAAAUAUUUGCUAUUAUUAAAAUUUGCUUCAAGAGAAAUUGUGACUGUUUCCACAUUACAGGCAUUAGUAACAGCAAGUGCUCCUGUUGUCCACUAACUCAGGCAAAGUACAGAAUGGCAUUUUCAAGUGAUGUUUUCCUGCCCCAUACAACUUGAUUUACCAGGACUUCUUCCCUAGAGCCUUGACUUUUCACAUUUGCCAUUUUCCAAUAAUCUCAACACGGGGCAGCUCUGGAGGCUGCUUUCCAUGUGGUGCUGUGACUGUCUUUUCACCCACACCUUUGAAAGUCUCCUAGUAAGAAAUCUGCCUUUAUUCAUCAGAAGGCAUGAGUCAUCACUUCCUUCUGGUUUGUGCAAUGGCCUCUACAGCCAAGGAUGACCUUGCACUCCUGAUCCUCCUUCAUCCAGUUCACCUCAUAAGUGCUGGGUUUAGGCAUGCACUACCAUGCCCAGCAUGUAACUAUGCAGCCUUUCAACUGAACUGCAAAUGUAUACAAAAGGAAUCUAAAAUUAGUCCUGAGUGUUUAAAUCCAUCACUGUAAAAGUAAAUAAAAAUCUCCCUUUUCAACAUGCCAUUGAAUAACUUCAGCUCUUUUUUAAAAAAUGGGUAAAUUUAGAAGCGUGUCGGUUGUGUAAGGAAAGGCACCUGAGGAGAUCUGAAAGCAAUCCAUGUAGUCUUUCAUGAACCUGCACGUGGUGUCUAUUAGUGUGCUCCAGCAUUUUCUGGUGUCAAGCUCCUGUUGUGUCGCUAAUAGAUUCAUUUAAGUGGGUCCCAGGGUAUAGUCCAUGAGCAAUAACAGACUACCCAGAUACUAUUUACUCAGUGUUCAGCAAGUGAAAUUUGUGAAAAAGUCGCUAAUCACCAGAGACUUUUUUAAAGAAAAGUCUUUUGAUCAAUUGAUGUGAAAAAGAGCAUGUGACACUACCAGUAUGGUAGGGUCCUAGGGUUAUCCUGUUUACAAUAAAUCUCCUGAUUUAAACUCUG